GGCAAACAGUGCCAAAUAACCUUGGUGAUGAUAUGAUCGACGAUCGAUCAUUAAUUGCUUAACCACACCUAGUAACGAUCGUAGGCAUAAGUACUCGCGACUUCACUGCGAUAGCUGUCGUCUUUUGUGGUGGAUGCCGUGAACUCUGGUUCUGCUCAUAUCCUCUCGAUAUCACUAAAUAUCUGAUCGCAACCACGCUAGAGUUACUGAACGUGUGCACAGUGGCGCACACCAUAUAUACGCGAUCUUGUAAGUAACCUCUCAGCUCUCUAUAUUUUCACCUUCUGCAGCUUAUAAAGACCUCGUCAUGUCCUAAAUCUCAAGAUACAUCGACGCAUCUCACGCACCUCUCACUGUUACUAGACUUAUUAUCAUUUUCACUUGCAAUUACGAAUUCUGUUUCACUAUGCCUAACUGGACAAUCAUCCCGCCAACCAUGGAUGACCUUGAUCAAGAUUAUUGUCACCCAAUGAUUGUGAAAUUAUUUCGCAUCAUGAAGACCGUUUACGGGCUUUUGGAUCCGCAAAAUGAACCGUCGGGGAUCCAUGAAGGAAAACAUACCGCAACCUUUGGUUAUGAAGAUUCAGAAGAAACCAACGAAUCAUCUGUAUUAUCAAGCCUUUUCAUUCAUUUUAGUCUAUCCAGCCAGACUUCUCCACGCUUUGCUGUCAUAUUACCGUCUAUGCAAAUCGAGGACUUGAUACAAGGAUCACGUAUACCCGUCCCGCCUGAGCUCGUGUCGACCGUGACAGACAUCUGCGAUUUCACCAUUGCGAGGUCUCAGUUCGCCCCAGAUCCAAAUGACCCAGAAUACGAUGUAUAUGAAUCCGGAUACGAAAUAGACGAACCAGAAAGCUACCCUGCGGGUCAGGUGUGGGAACGAGUUCAAAUGCAGAAAUUUCACGAGCUCCUUAUGAACACAGGCCUCAUCGCGAGCACAGACCCUCGCCACAAUCAUCAAUGUGAUCUUUGUCGAUCGGACCUUCUCCAAUGCAAGGUUUGUCUGAAAGUUAUGUGUCCUGCGCGCAACUGCGUUGCAUUUCCUUUAUCUUGCAUGCGCUGGCGGCCAUGUGCCGCAGGACACCGCUGCUGGUACAGCGACAUCUGUAUCGAUUGUGUUGUCGGCGGCACAACCUGUCUAUGCGAUGAAACCUGGACGUGCGACCUCUGCACAAAAAAAGGCGGCUUUUUACGCUGUCUUCGCUGCAACAGGCCAUUUUGCGAUGGAUGCUCGUACCUUGUGGGAUGUCGCGGCUGUAGAGCUUCGAACCUCUGCCACGACUGUGCCGAAGAAGCCCCAGAGAAUGUAGCAAAGGAAAAAUACGUGGAACUCGUCGGCCCGUGCACUAAAUGUAAAACUCCAGUGUGUAAACCCUGUGCGACGGCGGCGGCGGCGGGCACGUAUGUUCACAUAGCUGUUGUUAGUUUCUCAACGGGAUGUGAUUGUAUUAAAUCGUAUAAAUAACGGGGCAACUUGAGGUUGCUGUUGGCUGGGAUUUGUACUUGCAGCCUUGAACUAGAAGAAUACAAGUCAUUUUUGUGUUGGAAUA